AGUUUAAAUGUAAUUUUCACCAUUAACAGAUUUACGCUGGUUCAAGCCAUUUGAAUAAAUGUAUUUUAAAAAUGUGAUUAUUUAAAUAAAAUCAAAUAGAUUGCAAAUAGUUAAUAAUAAACAAUGCCAGGAUUUUUUUAAGUGCAGAAAUCUUACCCUUUUCAUUUAUUUAUGACUGAUAAAUAUGCAUUUUGUUUGUCAGUUUAUGUUAAAACUGUUUAAAAUGGAUGGAAAUUUUAUAAUUAAUUCAAAUUACAUAAAUCUUAAAUUUAAGCCUAAAUAUUUUUUGAGCACAGACAACCUUUCCAUGAAUAAUUGCAUAUUUGCUUUCAAAUACACGAUACAUGAUUUUUUUUUUUUUUUGGUAAAUAUUUAGUAAAUAUUUGUUAAAUGUUAAUUUAAUUUACAGACAGUCAGGGUAAAUGCUUCUACAAGAGUACAAAUGUUAAAAUCAGCAAAAUAGUGCUUGAGUGAAAAUAUAAUUGUAAUCUAAAUCUGAAAAAUUAUUCAUUCCGAUAUUAAUGUGUUCAUUUCGCGAUUCAAGAAACAGACUUUGAAUUCCAGAUUUUCAAAGUGAUACUGACAUCAGCUAUUUAACACAUAAUUUGACACCUAUAACAAUACAUUGACUUACAGCCCUUACCAAAAUUAACCAUGGUUAUACACUACAAAUAAAACCAAAAUACCAUGAUUACUAUAGUUAAAUCAUGGUAACCACAAAUUAACUAUGGAAUCUGUAGUAAAAAUGUGGUUAUACAACAUGUAUAAUGUGGUUAUACACUUUUACUAUAAUAAAACCAUGGUUAAUUUUCGUAAGGGUGUGGCUUAUAUAGACUAUGGGUUAUUUUUCAAUGGAUAAAUCUGUUGGUAGCUGCAAAAAGAAAUACUACUGCGCUAGACUGUAAAAAAAAAAGUAUUAAACCAAGUCUUCACAUCAAGAAUACAGUAGUCUGCCAUCAAAAGCACACGGAAGACUCAAAGCCAGAGUUUCCUCAGAGUCCCAGAACAAAGACAGGUGCAGUUUGGAAACAAGGUGAGGAGGCAGAGGCAGAGGAAGGGUCUGUGAGCGUCACAGAUAGGAGGGGUGUAUUAGACGAGCAUCGCAUUGGAUGUGAAGGCAGGAAGGUGUGAGCUGCUCGGAGUGCUGCUGUAGCUGAGCGAGAGUCAGUCACCUGCCGCCACUGUUUCUCCGAUCAUGGACUAACGUUAGCGGAGUAGUUUGGCACAUGACGGAGAGCAACGGGAACCACAAGCCAAAGGACUAUCUACCUCGCUGCCUUCGCAACCAUUGUAGAGUAGCUUAAGAGUCGGUCGCUAUUUAUGUUUAUUUAUAUUUAUUUAUAACGCGCGCGUUUCGUAUCUACAUUGCACUGAAUUUCGCGCCCCGAUGCUUUUACAUCAGUUCGUGAAUGGGACGUUGGAAACGAUGUAUCCCAGUAUUCAGAAAGACACGACUUUCACCAAGAUCUUCGUCGGCGGUUUGCCGUAUCACACCACAGACGCGUCGCUGCGAAAAUACUUCGAGACUUUCGGCGACAUCGAUGAAGCCGUGGUGAUAACGGACCGGCAGACGGGGAAAUCCAGAGGAUACGGCUUUGUCACUAUGAUAGAUAAAAAUGCAGCUGAGAGAGCUUGUAAAGAUCCCAACCCUAUUAUUGAUGGACGCAAAGCUAAUGUCAACCUGGCGUACCUCGGGGCCAAACCACGCAGCCCACUGACAGGAUACUCGACUGGAGUACAGCAGGUUCAUCCAGCCCUGAUCCAGAGGCAGUAUGGACUCAGCCAGCCGUAUGUUUAUCCUCAGGCCUUCCUGCAGCCCAGUCUGGUUCUGCCCGCACAGGUCAGCUCCAGCGCCACGACCCCGUACCUAGACUUCAGCACUGCCUACACUCAGUACGCCUCCUCGGCCUUCGAGCAGUAUCCCUACGCGCCCUCGCCAGGCUUCCUGAGCUACAUGUAUCCUCCAGGCACCCCCGGGCCCUCCUCCGCCACAAACACCCCCGUCCCCACAGCCCUCCCCUCCAUCGGAGGCGCCCCUAGCGCAACCUUCAUCCAGAUCCCUCCUCAUCAGCUCCACGCUGACCGCCUGUAGAUCAGGCCACAGGGACCCACCGAGUAUGCUGAUAUUGCACUAGAACAUCAACAUUUUGGGACAGGGAACUGUGACAUCAUCAGCCUGAGACUGGGGUCGAAUACAAAAGGGCUUCAAGUUAUUCUGCUUUUCAUGAACCCUAAGUUUAUGGACUUUUACACUGACUGGUUACUCUUUAUGAUUAAUAAUUAUAUAUUAUUGGUAGAAGAUGUUGAAUAACCAAUAUUAGAUGAAUAAAUGGCGGAUUGCAGGGUUGUAAUGCAGAAGGGUCCAAUGAAUUGAGAAGAAACGAGAGGUUAUACACACACAACCGUUCAAACGUUUGGGGUCGGUAAGAUUUUCUAAUGUUUUUGAAAGACGUCUCUUAUGCUCACCAAGCCUGCAUUUAUUUAAUUAAAAAUACAGGAAAAACUGUAAUAUUGUGAAAUAUUAUUACAGUUUAAAAUAACUGCUUUCUAUUUUAAUAUGUUUUACAAUGUAAUUUAUUUCUGUGAUGCAAAGCUGAAUUUUCAGCAUCAUUACUCCAGCCUUCAGUGUCACACGAUCCUUCAGAAAUCAUUCUAAUAUGCUGAUUUGCUGCUCAAGAAACAUUUCUAAAUAUUAUUAUCAAUGUUGAAAACAGCUUCAUAUUUUUGUGGAAACUUUUUAAGGAUUCUUUAAUGAAGAGAAAGUUCAAAAGAACAGCAUGUUAUUUCAAAUACAAGUGUUUUAUAAAAAAUAUAAAUGUCUUUGCUUCCACUUUCUAUCAAUUUAAUGCGUCCUUGCUGAAUAAAAGUAUUAAUUUCUUUCAAAAAAAGAAAGUUCCUGACCCCAAACGUAUGAAUGCUAGUGUGUAUAUAUGCCGCUUAGAGUGGCAGUUUUUUAAGUUUGGAUGGUGUGCAUCUCUGCAGGAAUAUCUGUUAAGCACAAAGCCUUAGAGACUUCUCCAGUUUUUUUAUUUUAUAUAGCUGUUCUUAUGACACACAUGUGCUUCCCUUCUAUCUGAGCGAAAAUAUGUGAAUUUUUUAACCAGACUUUUUCCAAGAAUAGAUAACUUUUCUAGAAAUGUAGCAUUGCAAAGGAUUUGUAAUUCUGCUUAUCACUAUCACCUCUGUCAAAUGUCUCUUCCAUCCCUGUAGUUCCUUUCCUCGAGAUUCCUCGCAAUCUUAAGUAGCUCCACAUAGAUUGUAACGACAUUAAUCCAGCAUUCAGUAACACAUGGAUUCGAGAUGCGCUGUAGCUCGCCUGUGAAUAAUCAUGAGGUAAUAGACACUGAAACAUUGAGUAUUAAUCAUAUUCUAAUUCUGUUUCAUCUGUGAUGCUUUUUAGACUCUGUUUUGGUCUGCUAAAACGACAAAUGAAAGAGUAUUGUGACAAAUGUCAGUGGUUGCUUUUGGUAUCGCUCCACGGAUGACACUACAGGACAAAAUGCCAACAGGAACAUGCAGAAAAACUUGAGAAAAGUCUUGAUUGAUGAAACGUUUGGACAGCACAAGAGGACAUAUUGCCAGGACAAUCGGUUUGUUUUCACAAGAACAGUGUUGCCAUUAAUCUGCCCUGAGACACUCAACUCAAAAUAUGAAAAUACCUUACAGUGAAAGCCACAAGACCAGAACAUGCAAAACAAGUAAUAAAGUCAAUUUGCAAAAACUGA